AUGUUAUAUUAAAGUGACAAAAAUGAAAUACCAUUUAAUGGGCAAUUCGAAGAUAGCGAGGAGGAAUCAGACGAACUUUCUGAAGAAGACUCCGAAGAUGAUGGAUUGUAAAAUAGAAGAAGGAGAAAAAGAAGAUAGUUAGUUAACAAUAACAAAUUAUUAAUAAUGAAUGUAUCGGACACUUAAUACGCUGCUGUUAAAUUUGUAGGCAAAAUCUUGAAUAAAUUUAAAUUACAAUACACUCCAUACUAAGAAACCUAAGUCUGGGAUUUCUGUUGGACUGAUAAUGCAGUGCUACCUGAAACUCUGGCGAGAAUGUAAAGUCAUUAGAGGAUUAAUCAUUUCCCAGGCAUGUACUGCAUAGCUAGAAAGAACUAUUUAGGCAAGAAUUUAAAUAAAAUGGCUAAAUAAUUUCCAGAUGAGUUUGACUUUUAUCCAAAAACUUGGAUGCUACCAUCUGAUAUCUCAGAUCUUAGGCAAAAUAUUAAAAAAAUAAAAUACUUUAUUGUAAAACCAGAGGCAUCCUGUUAAGGAAGAGGCAUAUUCUUAACAAAGUAAGUUGAGUCAAUAGCAUCCGAACAUUGUGUAGUACAAAGAUAUCUACAUAAACCGUUGCUAAUAGAUGGUUUAAAAUUUGAUUUUCGUAUGUAUGUGUUAUUGGCAGGUUGUGAUCCACUGAGAAUAUACCUGUUUAAAGAAGGAUUAGCAAGAUUUGCUACACAACCAUACUAAUAGCCCAAUCAGAUGAAUGCUGAAGAAAUGUGUAUGCAUUUGACCAAUUAUGCGAUUAAUAAAGACAAUCCUAAUUUUGUAUUCAAUACAGAUGAAUAAUAAAUGGAUGUGGGACAUAAAAGAAGUCUAUCUAGCGUGUUUAAAUUAUUAUCCUAAUAAACAAAUAUUGAUGAAUUAAUGGCAAAAAUUAAGGAUUUAAUUAUAAAAACGUUUUGUUCAGUUCAACCUUUUCUACAAUCUAAUUACACUCAACCUGAUAAUCAUGCUAACAAUAUGUGCUUUGAGAUUCUGGGAUUCGAUAUCCUUCUUGAUAAUACAUAUAAACCUUAUCUAUUAGAAGUGAAUCAUACACCAAGUUUCACUGCAGACACUCCUCUUGAUGCUAUAAUCAAAAAGAAUCUAAUUAGAGACACUAUUACACUGAUGAAUAUCAAUUUAAAAGUUAAAAAUGACCUUUAGUAAUUGUAAAAAGAGUAGAUGCAACGAAGAGUACUUGGAAAGAAACCUAAAAUUUCAAAUGAAGAAAAGAAAUCACUCAAAAUUUAAGCAUAAAUAGAAAGAGAAUAAUAUGAGUCCUAACAUUUGGGGAAUUUUGAAAAGAUUUAUCCUAGUGACAAGUCUUAUGAAGAUUAUCUAUAGCAUGCAUAAAAACUAUAUGAAGAAUGGACUGGAGCAAAUAUCCGUAGGAAUAUUAAAAAAGAUAAUUUUACUGAGAGAGAGAAACUAAUAUAGUAAAGAUAGAUAUAGCACUCCAUCACUGUUUAAGGCUCUGUUGAUUCUAGAAACAAAUUGGAUCCCUCUAAAUCAUCAAACAGAAAGAGUUUAUAUAAGAACAUAACAAUCAAAAAGGAAAAUAAACAAAAUUUAAUUAACAAAGUAUUUUCAAACCCUUAAAAAUCUAUGACUGAAUUACCUCAAUAACAACCUCUAGAACUGAAAAUAUAGGAUAGAGAUGAUAAUGAAAUUGCUUCUGAAGACUAAUAAAAUACUAGUAAGUUUUAGGAGAACAUCGAUAGAUUUAAAAGGCCUCCUUCCUUUUACACAAUGAAAUCAACUAAAUAACACCAAGAAUUGCAAAUAGCAGACUUUUUUAACUAUAAAAGAAUCAGUUUUCCUGAUACUUCUCCUUUAUCAUAACCAAACACCUAAUAAGUAUUACAAAUUUCAUCUUAAUAAUAAUUAAAAUCUUCUGCUUAAAUGACAAGAAAGUUUUCAAUCCGCAAAUCAAAUAAAAGCAAAUUAAAAUCAAGUGAAAGUGAUUAAGAAGCUAAAAAAGAAAUGAUUCAAGCUUUUAAUCAAUUCUCUUAAAUUUAGUAAUAACAAUAACAAUCAUCCUUUUUCUAAUCUUAAUAAUAAAAUUUUUAAAAUUAGUAACCACAACAGAAUGGUUCAUUUGUUAAACCAAAAGUGUUUAAUUUAAAAUUAUAACCACCUCAUUUUAAAAUACCUUCUUUUCCAAUAUUAAUGCAAUAAUAAAAUUACUAUAAAUUAAGAUAUGAUUGA